AGGAGCGCUCGCGUUCGUUUCUUUAUUUUGAUCUACGAGCUGUAGGUGGUGAAUCCUCGAUUGGGAAAACUUUUUGUAUGUAAAUUUUCCCUUUUACACACUGCAGCGCUUUUGUUGACGCUUAGGUUUAUAAAGAGAGCAGUGAUGACACUAGCAUUUAUCUCUCAUUGAGGAGGCAGAUACGGCCGCUUGACUGAAAACCUAUUGAGAUUACUGACAGCCUUCUGCCAUGAGCUGCCUGGAUGUUAUGUAUCAGAAUUAUGGAGCUCAUCAUUACUUGCCAGCGACGGCAGCAGCAGCUUAUAAAGCGGCAUACUAUCAUCACCAGCAGCAGCAGAAAAAGUUCAGCGCAUACAGCAGAAUGCAGGACUUUGCUAACUUGCCUGCACACUGUGUCCAGAGUAAAGAGGCUGAGAAGCCCAGACCUGAGACUGAGUUGCAAAGAGAUGAUGACGAGCAGCAUGGUGAGGAGGAGGUGAGAUCUAAGGAUUCACAACCAGCUGAGACAGAGUAUCUGAGCUCCAGAUGUGUGCUCUUCACAUAUUUCCGUGGGGACAUUGGCGAUGUGGUGGAUGAGCACUUCUCUCGUGCCCUCAGCCAACCUAGUGCCUUCAGUAAUGACACCAAGAGCAUUAGGCUCCCAUCUGGAGGACUAUGGAAAGAUGGCAUUUCUCUCUGCGAGGGUCAGAGUGGCUCUUUGCCCUCUUCGUUAUGGAACAGUACUUACCCAUCUCAGUCCACCUCCUGCAUCCCCUCCGUUCAUAGUGAAUUCCCUGCAGCUGCUGCCUUCCACACAGCAGAUACUGGCAUUUGGAGUGGCCAUAGCCUGACCCAGACUGGCCUGCCCCCUCAUUCAGCCCUCACUGAGUCAUGGCCCUAUGGUCUGGGUGGCCAAAGUGGCACUGGUCACCAUCAUGUCCAUGACAUGUACCCUCAUAUGCACCCACGCCACCAUCAUCCCCACACUCAUGCACAUCCCAUGCUCCAUCACAGCCACAGCAGUGCUCUGGACCACCGCUUCAGUGCCCUUCUGCUGCCUGGCAUGAGAGCAUCGAGUAGCCCUUCUUCUUCUAAUACAGAGGGAAUCAAGACAGAGCUGGAGCCUGCUGCCUCUAGCUGGCCAGCAUCCUUCCAUGGCUCUGUAGAUAUCUAUGACACAGCUCUGGAACAGGACAAAGCAAAAGCCAGUGUCUGGUUCUGAAACAGAGAAAGCCAACCAAUGACACACAGCCUUGGAGUAGAGCAGCGCUGACAUGAGCAAUGUGAGAUGGGCCAGAGUCUCACUGUGGAAUCUCUCCCUGGAACGCUUUCAGAUUUCCUGGGAGGCGACUCAGGAAAGGAAACUUUGACUCCCUCCAUUAGACAAGCAUAACAAUAAACUUGGAGAAAAUCAACUUUCUGUAAAAGCAAGCCAUCUUGUCUGAGUUUGUGUAUGAUGCGAAGAGCGAGGCGUUAAUGAAUUCGGCCAGAGUGCUGUCCCACCUGGACUUUCAAAGAGCUCUCACAGAGGGAAUGCAAUGAAGGAAGCCACUUAAAUGUAUCCAAGUCUAAGAGGUAUAUUUUUCCUACUUUUUGUAAACCACGUCGAAACAUUUCCUGUUUGGUGGUUUGUGAUCAGGAACAGAAGCAUGAGCACAUACCACUGGUUUUGUUGAAAGAACUGCCUGUCUCGUUUCAAAUGAAGGCCAGUUUUGUGUUAAUGUGGCUAUAAAUAUGUGAAUGUUUGAGUAGCAGCCUUGUUCAAAUAGAAGUUCUACUUUAAUAUAUUUUGUCUAUGGUCUUGUGAUCUACAGAUUUGACAGUUCUUUAAGAAAUCUGUGCCAAUUGUUUCUACCAAAGUGUUAACUGUUUUGUUGUAUUAUUUUGACUUUUGAAUAAGAAUGUAAGUGUUUUUGAUGCUAAAUGAUAAAUAAAUUGCUAAGUUCUAUUGGCAAAUAUGCUAUGUUGACUGGAUGCUGUGUUGUAUGUAUUGGCUAAUAGAUCUGAUUAUGUUAUACCAAAGUAUUUUACAUUUUAUAUGUCAGUGAAUGAAUAACUUAAGGACAACUAAUGACACAUGUUGAUGGCAGAAGUGCUUUGAGUGUAUAGUAGACCAAUGAUAGGCUUUUGACCAAUUUUGGGAAAACACUGAGAGCACUGAGAAUCCCAGAAGGCAUGGUGUCAUUCCAUUCAAAUUCAGCAGGACAACCCCACUUUCACCAAGCCACUAACAUUGAGAAGCUUUUUAAAAUUUGCUGUAUUCUUAGAAAUGACAAUAUAUUUGACCUGAAAUUGAAAAGUUUAAUGCAUUUCCUGUUAGAGCCAAAUCAAGUGAGAAUGUGUCAGUUUUAAUAAACACCACACACCCACUGCAGACACCAUGAUUUAAUACAGAGUUAGAUACACCACAUAAAUGUGGAGAGGAAUGACCGUAAAAUCCGUCCAAGAAUGUAAAGAUCGUGCAGUAUGUGCUCUGGUGUGAAAUUGUACAUGAUUUUGGAGAACUACAACUUUAAAUAUUUUUGAUGGGAAACUAAUGCCAGAAACUGUAUUAUUUUCAGCCAGCUGUUGGGGUAGUGCUGUAUAUGUUGGGAACAAGAACGUCACACAUCAUCUAGUAGUGAAAUCUCUGACCAGGUGUCAGGACCAACCACUAGCUGUAUAUGAUUAUACUGUGACAUUUUAGACUCUGGGGACUGAACCUGUCAUUCUGUCUCUUCAAUUAAAAUAAUUAGAUUUUUAAUUGAGAUUUAACCAAGCCAUUACUAAUAGACAGAUUGUGUUUAGGUCAGCUAUUUAUGUCAGGUUUGAGACUAUCAUUAAAAUGUAUAGAACUGAAAUAUGUUAUGGAAGCUUUAGACACAUUUGUCCAAAAUGACUAUUGCGGUCAGAUCAGGGUAUUCACUAUGCCAAAGGAACUUUGUGUUAUGAGAAUAUAUAAGCUCUGUAUUUGGACUAUGUAUAAAUUGUCCAUAGUGUGCGAGUGUGUGCAAUUGUGCCCUGCGAUGGGUUGGCACCCUGUCCAGGGUGUCCCACGCGUUGUGCACCGAGUCCCCUGGGAUAGGUACCAGACUCUAUCCCUGCACCCCUGUGUAGGAUAAGCGGUACAGAAAAUGGAUGGACAGAUGAAUGUAUUUGGAGCUUAACUACUGUAUGUCUAGAAUUGAACAGCUUGUUGUUAUGUUUUUGAAUAUAAGCUCUAGUAGAUGCCCACUUAGUAUAAAGUAAUCUGAAGUACUGGUGCUUUGCUAAUUUCCACUCUCGAUUAUCUAAGUCCUGAGAACAUAAGGCCUGUGAUCAGGUGCAGGAAGAGAGCUCUUCAAGUGGCCCCAACAGAAAUGAAGCUCAAGAUAAAUGAAGUGGUUCCAUCUACAAUGAACCACUCUCCACAUGAAUAACCACAACUCUCCUCUAUAAUAAUACAUGAUCUACUUGUUGUGUUCUGUACAGUGGGGAAAUAAGUAUUGGACUUGUCAACAUUUUUUCCAGUAAACAUAUUUACAAUGAGGCU